GCUUAGUACCAACCCCUGCAAAAUAAGCAUCCUCUCCUUAUAUAUUCAUUUCACCACCGACUCACUACCAACUGGGCCAGAGUGCAUUUGGGGGUAGGGGGAGGAAGUCUACACAAGCCCCAAAGGAUCCAUACAUCAUCUUGAUCAUUCACCACAAACCUACAGAUCUGGCCACAACUCGCUCGCUCUCCCCCCACAACUCUCUCACUCGCUCUCACCUCACCAACUCUCUCACUUGCUCUCACCCACAACUCUCACUUGUGCUCCCUCCAACUCUCUCACUCUCUCCCCCUAACUCUCUUGCUCACUCUCUGCACCCCAACUCUCGCUUGCUCUCUGCCCCCAACUCUCUCGUUCACUCUUUGCCCCCACAACUCUCUCGCUUGCUCUCUGCCCCUAACAACUCUCUUGCUCGCUCUCUGCCCCCCCCAGCUCUCUCUCUCCCCACAGCCCUCUCCCGCUCUCUUUCUCCUGCGAUUCUCUCUCUCCUCAGUCUUUCUGUCUCUGUCUCUCAGUCCUUGCUUCCCCCUGCCACUGCCAGGGCCCGCCACCCACUCGCCUGCCAGCCUCUGAGCUCCCUGCUCCCUGCCACUUCACGGCACCCCCCCCCACCCGCCUGCCAACUGUCAAACUGCUUUCCAGCCACCUGCCAAACUCCCUGCUGCUCUGGAACUCUCUCCCCCUCUGUCCGCCAUUCACGUCCUUUCUGCCGCGUCCCCACACAUGGGCCGUCUUGGAGAAUUAAUUAUUAACUAGCUGACCCCACACAGCAUCUGUGUGGUCAUGCACUGAGCCUGUGGCAUCCCCCACUCAACUCUCUCACUCGCUCUCCCCCCCAUAACUCUCUUGCUUGCUCUCACCCCCACAACUCUCUUGCUCUCCUCCACAUAAAUCGCUCGCUCACUCUCUCCCCCCACUCCCUGCUUCACAUCCGAAGCAGCCACCCACACUUCUCUCCAGCUGCUGCCUUCUUGCUUUCUGAACUCUUGCAUGCUGUCAGCCAAUCGCCUCCUUUCCUCCAGCCACUGUCAGCCAAUUGCCUCCUUUCUGCUACAUCCCCACACAUGGCCUGGCUUAGAGAAAUAAAUAUAUAGAAGAAGAUUAUAUAGGUUAUUUCACUUAAAUUGAAUUUCACUUUCAUUAGGUCUGAUUUAUGAGUGCUCCUGGGUCACUCUGCAGCCUGAAUUGGAUAACCUUUGGGUCCUUUCCAGUCUCUAUGAUACUGUGCAUUCACAUGAAUCACCUGGUUCUGUAUUACAACUCCAAUGCUAAUAGAAGAUGGGCUGAAAGGAGCUGGUUGACCAAUUGUACCAUUUCCGGGACCAUUAUUUUGAGAGCCACAAGGUGGAGGAUGCUGGCAAAAAGCAGCAGGAUGUACAGAAGGAGAUGGAACGGACUCUGCAACAGAUGGAAGCUACUGAAGGCCUUUCCAAGGGACGAGCUCAUAUGCUGAUGCUGAAGGGAAAGGUCUUGAAUGUUUCUCCAGAUUAUAAUGCCCAGGCUGAAGAGCUGCUUUCCAAAGCUGUCAAGCUGGACCCAGAACUUGUGGAGGCCUGGAAUCAAUUAGGAGAGGUUUACUGGAAAAAGGGUGAUAUCUCUGCUGCCCAUACCUGCUUCUCUGGUGCACUCAGCCAUUGCAAGAACAAGGCCUCCCUGCAGAACCUCUCUAUGGUGCUACGACAGUUGCGCACAAAUUCUGCCGAUGAGCAUGCGCAAAAUGUGAUGGACAGUGUGAAGCAGGCUAAGCUGGCCGUCCAGAUGGACGUGCGUGAUGGCCGCUCUUGGUAUGUUCUGGGCAAUGCCUACCUCUCAUUGUUCUUCAAUUCAGGGCAGAAUCCCAAGAUCUCGCAGCAGGCGCUGAGUGCCUAUGCUCAAGCAGAGAAGGUAGAUCCCAAUGCGUCAUGUAAUCCAGACCUGCAUCUCAACCGAGCCACACUUUAUAAGUAUGAAGAAAACUACAUGGAAGCUCUGGAGGGUUUUGCACGGGCUGCAGCCCUUGAUCCAGCUUGGCCAGAACCACGUCAGCGGGAGCAGCAGCUCUUAGAUUUCCUAGAGAGGCUCACCAGCCUCCUUGAAAACAAGGGAAAGGUGAAAGGCAAGAAGCUGCAAAGCAUGCUAGGAAACCUGCGCCCCACCCAUCUAGGCCCAUGUGGGGAUGGACACUACCAAGGCCCCUCGGGUCAGAAGGUGGAGUUGGAACAUCGGCUUCUCAGUGCCUUGCGGCCUGGUGUUAAUACAGGUGCUGUGGUACUGGGAAAGGUGCUGUUCAGCAUCACCACAGAAGAGAAGGUGCCCUUCACUUUUGGCCUGACUGACUCCCCCGAGGGCCCCUGUUUUGCUGUUACUGUUUACAACAUGGCUCAAAGCUGGGGCGUCCUAAUUGGGGACUCGGUAGCCAUUCCUGAGCCUCACCUUCGGCACCAUCACAUUCAGCAUCAAGGCAAGAGUUUUUCUUUCUCUGGCAUCCGAGUGGAGACCCCUCUCCUGCUGGUGGUGAAUGGCAAGGUGCAAGGAUCUCAGAGCCAGGCUGCUGCUACGGUUGCAUACCAGGCACAAAGUGAAUGAAGGGAGGGAGGACAAGGUGGAGGCUGCUCCCCUCCUCAGCGGUGCUUGGCCUUUGGGCUGUAUCUGCUACCUCUUAGAGGAUCUAGAAUUACAAUGACCUCGUUGGCUGGGCCAGCUUUACAUGUUCAGGCAUUGCAGCUGUGUGAAAGAGGGAAUUGCAGAGUGUCUGCUCAGACUGAGGAUUCGCCUUCUUGUUGUUUUCCUUCUCUAAACUAUUGUCCUCCCACAGGUGCUGGCCUGUGAUUUAAUCCACUGCUGUAACAAAAUUUGGCUUAAUGAGUCAGUCUGAAGAAUUGAGGGAUGUAUCAUUUCCUUCCAUGACUCUUCUCUCAAACACCCACUUUGUCUCCACUGUUGGAGGCUGAUCCCGUUACUUGCCUAGCUCCCAUUUCACUUCCAUUUGGAGACUUAAGUUCCUUGGGCUCCUCUUCUGUGGCUUCCAGCUGCUUGAGUGCAAGCUCCAUUGUCUUUUUCAUGUAUAUAGGAGAUCUGUAUUUAUUUAGCCAUGUUUUGAGUUUGGUUUUUGUAAUUUUUAUACUCCCCCCCCCAACUCCCCCCCCAACCAAUAAAACAUUUGUUCUUUA